AUGUCCGGCAACACGCUUCCUCGUCGCUCCAUCGCUCCUCCCACAGGGCCUCUGCCCUCGCUGCCAGUACCGAAACAACGCUCGUCAAACGUCAGCCCCGCAGCUCUCCGCACGCCCUCCAGCGGACUCCCCAGCGGACUCUCCAGCCCUUCGAAUCGCGCCGUCUCGUACUCAACCUCGCCUUACCGUCCAGGCAACGCAAAACACAUCACAUCCCCAUCAGUGCCCACCAUAGCAGCCGAACAUGCGCCAGGUGGUCCGCCUACUGGAAAGUCGCUGCGCAAGGUCGUUAGCAUCGGUGCAUUCCCGCAGCCGCCCAAACACGUAGGGAGAACGCCGAGCAGCCCACUGGCCUCCAGUGCUUCGAUCAACGGCGACUCGGUAGACCAGCGGCUGUCGACAGGCUCCAAAGGCUCGAUACCGUCAAGAAAAAGCAGUUUGAAGAAACCCAGAGCAUCGAAUAUAGGUGGAGGUAGAGGCUUACUGCCAAAGUCACCGUUGUCGCCGCCAAGCUUCCUCAACGGUAAUGGCAGUGCAGAGUCGGUCGCAAUAGAUACCAGUCAUCUCAGCCUGACGUCUCCACCACAGAGUCGCAACACUUCGCCUCACGGAUCGCGAUCAACGAGCGCAACCACCAUCGAAGACGGUGACGACGAAGCAAGAGGGAGGGGGAGUAGCAAGAUAGACGGCGAGCCAACCAACAAAGGCAACGUUAUUGUUAGUGUGCGAGUGCGGCCAGAUGUAGGACCGAAAGACGGCCAGCAGGACCGAGAUUGGGAGGUUAACGGCAAGCGUCAUACCGUCUCGUACCACGGUCGUGACGGAGGUGGAGAUUACAUCUAUGACAAUGUCUUUGAUACUCAAGACAACAACGCUCGCGUAUAUGAUGCUACAGCAAAACGCCUCGUCAGGCGAGUCAUGGAAGGUUACCACGGAACAGUAUUCGCGUAUGGUAUGACCGGGACAGGAAAGACGUUCUCGAUGCAAGGAACGGCAACAAAUCCUGGUGUGAUUCCACUAGCGAUUACUGAUAUCUUCUCCUACAUUCGGGAAACGCCACACCGAGAGUUUCUUCUGCGAGUCAGCUACCUCGAAAUCUACAACGAGAAGAUAAACGACCUACUGGCCGGACCCGUUAUUGGCAUGGGCGGCCAGCCUGGUCAACAGGACGAAAUCAAGCUGCGCGAGGACAGCAAACGGGGAGUCUACGCGACGCCGCUAAAGGAAGAGAUCGUGCAGAGUCCAACACAACUGCUGCGCGUCAUCUCGCGUGGUGAUCAGGCUCGAAGAGUCGCUGGCACACAAUUCAAUUCUCGAAGUUCCCGCAGUCACGCUGUCGUACAGAUUGUUGUGGAGAGCAGAGAACGAGCACCCGGACCUGGUCUGAGCGGCGACAAACGAUCAGCUAUCGUGCCCGGUGGUGUUCGUGUAUCAACACUCAGUUUAAUUGACUUGGCUGGAUCGGAAAAGGCAGCAGACAACAAGGAAAGACGGACCGAGGGAUCUCACAUCAACAAGAGCUUGCUCACACUAGGAGCUGUUGUCGGUGGAUUGGCGGGCAACAAGACGGAAAAAGAUGGGAAAAAGGACAACCACUUACCAUACAGAGACAGCAAGCUUACACGUCUUUUGCAGGGCGCCCUGUCUGGUAAUUCCUUGGUCAGCAUUCUUUGCACAAUCCAGAUCGGUGCAAGUGGCAGCGUCGCAGCAUCAUCCAGCCAUAACAAUGAGACACUGAACACCUUGAAGUUCGCUUCUCGAGCCAAGAACAACAUUGUCAGCCAUGCAAAGAAAGCGGACGAUUCGUUAGGCGCUGGCGGUGAUGCCGGAAGCCGGGCUCUGUUGGACCGCUAUCGCCUUGAAAUCCAGGAUCUCAAGAAACAACUAGAAGAGGGCAAGAACAGAGAGGCCAGAGAUGAAGAGGAGGAUGAGUUCAGGCGAGACAAAGAAGAAGAAAGAGCACGCGAACAGCAAGACAAGCAGCGACACGAAGAGCAGAUGCUGGAAAUGCAGCUUGCUCGCACUGCCCUCAAGGAGCGUAUUGAGCAUCUCAACCGAUUGAUCUUGAGCUCCAAGUCGCUUGGGGUGAACAACGGUCGAACAUACUCGUCAUUGAGCCUCCAGCGCACUUCUACCUUUAGUCACGUUAGUGACUUCCGACCCAUGUCUGUACGAUCUUCUGCAAGUCACGCCACCCUUGAAGUGCCGCGAGCUUCGGUUCAGUCAUUCCCUUUGCCCAUAGAAGGUUCGGAAGAAGACGAUUCGGUUGGCGAGAACGGGGACGGUCUAGCGAGCCAAGGCGUCCAGAUCCAGGCGCUACAAGCUGAUCUUGCAGACAGAAAUCGCUACAUCGCCACCUUGGAGAAGCGACUACUGCAAGCACGGAGGUCAAGCCACUCUCGUGUAUCCAUGUCGAUCAGCUCAAGACACGGAGGCAGCGAGGAUGGCGGUCUGCUUGCAACUAUUGCUGAACGCGAUUCCGAGAUACUGUCUCUGCGGGCACAACUUGAAGAUAAGGAGCGGAUGAUAACCGCGCUGACAGCAGCGCGCAAGAGAAACGAUACCGCACACGACGUCGGUAGUGACAGUUCACCAGGCAGCCGACGAACCUCUUCUUACCAACGAAGCGAGGGCAGCAGUAUUAAUGUACUAAACGCCAAAGGCCCAACGUCACCCACCAGCCCUCCUCCUCCCUGUUUCCCUCCUGUUCCUUCGAGCGCGGGCAAGAACAUCGAGGAAAUGACUCGCAUGCUAGACGAGAUGAUCACAGGGAGAGUCGACAGGGCUGCAAGACGGACCAGCUUUAUGUCUGGCACCGAGGCUCGACGGUCUUGA